AUGACAAAUUGGAAGAAUGCUAUUAGGGCUAAGAGGAGGGCAUUAGCAACCUAUCAAAAUGACAAAUCUGAUUCCAACUGGGAUGCACUGCAUAUAUGGCGUAAUGAAGCCACGCGACAAAGGAGAAUAGCAAUCAAGUCUUAUUGGAAGAGUAAAUCUGACCAUCUGAAGGAAAAGCCAGCAGACUUUUACAGAACUUUUAUGCCAUUUCUAGGCUCGAAUGCCCGGGCAAGAAGCACCGAGUUUAAUAUCAAAGUUGGAAAUGAAAUUGUCAAGAAUCCAGACAAGGUAGCUGAAACCCUAGCCAAUUUAUUUUGCUUCAAUUGCAGGGGCAUCGGUGGAGAUAAUAUUGAAAAUUUAACAGAAAGUGAUUUCAACAACCAUCCAAGUGUCUUAAAAAUAGCACAGUGCUCGACUCAACGGGAUGCUAUAAAACUAAACCCCCUUCACAAAGUGCAAGUUCAAGAAGCAAUGGAGUCCUUAAAAGUCAAGAAAGCAUCUGGCUGUGACUCCAUUCCUCCAUUUGCUUUAAAAGUUGGCGCAGAGGCAAUUGCUAUCCCUCUCACUACGUUAUUUAACAGAUGCAUAAUGGAGAGUAAAUGGCCACAGUCAUGGAAAAAGGGGGAAUGGGUUCCAGUCUUUAAAAGUGAUGACCCCCUACUAAAGGAGAACUAUAGACCUGUCACUGUUCUCCCAGCUGCAGAUAAG